AUGGAUGGGAGUGGCGUUGGCGGGAGGGGGAGGCGCGGCGCGACGAAGAAAGGCGGGAAGGAGAAAGCGAAGAAGGAGCUGAAAGGGGUGAUGAAGGCGGUGAUUCGCGAAGGAUCAGGAUUGCCGGUGGAGGACGGUCACCAGGUGGUUUUCCACUGCACCACUCGUGCAGCUUCGGGCCACAUAUGUGAUUCCACCCGAGCCGAACACGGAGGGUCGGGGCGGCCGCGGCGAGUGGUGGUGGGGGAGAGCCGGCUGGUGGCAGCAUUGGAGCACGGGCUGUGCACCAUGCGGGAAGGCGAGGUGGCAGUGUUCAAAGCAGAGCCUUCAGCCCACUACAGCGACCCUGACUGCCAGAUAAAGCCUCCCCCAGGCGUGCCUGCGGAUGAAGAGCUGCGGCUGGAGGUGGAGGUGGUAUCUGCCGCUGCUGUGCGGGUGCUGGCAGGGAAGCGGGAGGAGAAGAAGGCGGAUGGAGUGGAGGGGGAGGGAGGGGAGGAAGAGGAGGAAGUGGAGGAUGGUGUGGUCGGGAAGAAGAAGAAUACUAAGUUUGGGAGGUUUCAGGGGGGACAAGGAAUGGAGGGCGUCUCAGGGAAGGUGGGAGGAAGCUGCGGGGGAAGGAGGAUAAGGGGUGGCCCUAUGGCUGGAAGCUCGCCCCCUGGGCUCCCCCACGCCCUUCUAUGCAGCUGGCACCGCCUCCUCAGCCCCCCUGCACCUCGCCCAGGCGCAUUUCCACGCCCAUCUCCCCCAUGUGCCCCCUCCCCCCUGCCUGCCAGGCUGGAAGCUCACCCUCUGAGGUCCUCAACGCCCUUCUAUGCGGCUGGCACGGGCUCCUCCACCCCCCUGCACCUCGCCCUCGGCUCAGCUCGGCUUCCCCCAGCACUUGAUCUCGCUCUCUCCCACAUGCUCGCAGGGGAAAAGGCGGUAAUCUUUGCCUCCUCCCCCCACACCAUCCCCCCGCCCCCCGACACCCCUCUUCCUCCACCUCCUCCUGCCACUGCUCCUGCUCCGGGUGCUGCCGAACCUGACGCUGGGAGUGCUGAAGCUGAGGCUGGGAAGCUCGGGCUGGCUGCUUCGGUGGUUGUGGUGCCGGCGCCGCCAGAGGGCGUGGUGGACGUGGAGUAUCAUGUGCAGCUGGUGACGAUCGUGCAGGUGCGAGAUGUGCUGGGCAACGGGUGUGUGAUCAAGAGAAGGCUUCAAGACGGGACAGGCGACUUCCCAAUGGACUGUCCACUGCAGGACUGCGUGGUGCACGUGCACAUGCGCGGCACUCUGCCGGACCAGGGGGGGGCUGAGUUCAUGGACACGCGCAAAGGGGGCGAGGGGGUGGGGGAGGGCGAGGGGGAGCCUCUGCAAAUCGGCACAGGGGAAGGCAGGCACGGCACAGUGCGGGCAGAGGCACUGGCCUCACCUCACCACAUCUCAGCAUUCGACACGCUCGAUGCCGGGAAAGGUGGCCCCGUAUCCAGCACAGCGCAGUACGUCUAUGGCUCCUUCCCCAGGGCAGCACUUAGCGUGGCUUUUGAGACGUCUCAAAAGACGUCUAUGGCUCCUUCCCCAGGGCAGCACUUAGCGCCAGAGGGGGUACCAGAGGGUGCGAGGGUGCAGUGGGAGGUGGAGCUGUUUGGCUUCGAGCGACCCAAGGGCUGGGAGGGGCUGUCCUUUGAAGAAAUUCUCGCUGAAAUCGACACAACCAAGCAGUUGGGAAACACGCUAUACAAGGAGAGGAAGUACAGCCACGCAUGCAGCAAGUAUGAAAGGCUGCUGCGGGAGAUGAGGCACGUGCAUCCCAAGGAGGGCGAGGAGGCGAAGCAGUUCAACUCCGUGCAGUGGGGGAGGCAUGUGCAUCCCAAGGAGGGCGAGGAGGCAAAGCAGUUCAACUCCGUGCAGGUGGGGGGGGGGGGUAAUAGUGGGCAGGUGAGGCGAAAGGGGGCAGUGUGGAGUAGGUGGGGGGCGUUGAUAGAGGCAGCUGUAGGGGACGGCAGUGGGGGGGGCAUGUGCAUCCCAAGGAGGGCGAGGAGGCAAAGCAGUUCAACUCCGUGCAGAGGCAGCUGUAGGGGACGGCAGUGGGGGGGGCAUGUGCAUCCCAAGGAGGGCGAGGAGGCAAAGCAGUUCAACUCCGUGCAGGUGAGGGGGGGAGAAGGUGAGGAGAGGGGAUGGACAGUGAGGAGCAGCACGGGCUGUCCCUCAUUCCCUCUCUCAUCCCAACCAUACCACCCCUCAUCCUCUCUCUCUCACUGCUUUGUCAACCCCGUCGUUCCCUACCUCCCUGCAAACCGCUCUGCAGCUGAACGUGGCAGCAUGUCAGCACGGGCUGUCCCUCAUUCCCUCUCUCAUCCCAACCAUACCACCCCUCAUCCUCUCUCUCUCACUGCUUUGUCAACCCCGUCGUUCCCUACCUCCCUGCAAACCGCUCUGCAGCUGAACGUGGCAGCAUGUCAGCACGGACAGAAGGCCGCCUCUGUUCCCCCUCGCACUCUUCCCCAACCACAUUGCCACAUUGCCUUCCCCACAUCAUCAUCCCCUCCCUCCCUCCCUGCAGACCGCUCUGCAGCUGAACGUGGCAGCAUGCACUUCGUCACGCUCCGGGGUGCCUUUUCCGCGCCCUCUAUUCUUCCUCCUUUUCAGGCGCUCACAGAGCAGCCCAACCACUCAAAAGCGCUCUACCGGAGAGCGUUGGCGCACAUGCACUCUGCUGCUUUCGACGAAGCAAGGGCCGACCUCCAACGGAUGGUGAAGGCAGACCCAUCCACGCAGGCAGAUGCUACUGCUGCUCUUGCAAAGCUCAAGAAGAUGGAAGAGGUGAGAGGCUCGGAAGAGGUGAGAGACUCGGAAGAGGUGAGAGACUCGGAAGAGGUGAGAGACUCAGAAGAGGUGAGAGGCUCGGAAGAGGUGAGAGACUCGGAAGAGGUGAGAGGCUCGGAAGAGGUGAGAGACUCGGAAGAGGUGAGAGACUCGGAAGAGGUGAGAGACUCAGAAGAGGUGAGAGGCUCGGAAGAGGUGAGAGACUCGGAAGAGGUGAGAGACUCGGAAGAGGUGAGAGACUCGGAAGAGGUGAGAGACUCGGAAGAGGUGAGAGACUCGGAAGAGCUCACGACCCCUCCCCUGCUAGUGCUGCUGCUUCUAGUGCUGGUGGUGCUACGAGUGCAUCCCUCACAGCACCACCAUCCCCACCUCCUUCCUGCUUGCCCCUCCCCCGUACACCUUCAGGAAGCGGAAGGUCGGCAGCGCAGAGAGCUGGGCGGAUGGUUUGACCGCAAGCCCGGCAGUCUGACAGCUCAUGAUCCCUCCCCUGCUAGUGCUGCUGCUUCUAGUGCUGGUGGUGCUACGAGUGCAUCCCUCACAGCACCACCAUCCCCACCUCCUUCCUGCUUGCUCCUCCCCCCUACACCUUCAGGAGGCGGAGGCGGUGCUGGUGCUGCUGCUGCUGGUGCUGCUGCUGCUGCUGCUGCUGCUGGUGCUACGAGCGCUGGUGGGGGCGGUGGUAAUCCACCGGCAUUGUCGCAGGCAACGAGCAGAGCUGUGAAGCGGGCUGCAAGGAAGGCAGCAGCUGCUCUGUCUGGGGACACAGGUGCUUCUGCUGACAGUGACAGUAGCCAAAGUGACAAUGAGGAGGGGCGUGAUAAUGGUGGUGGUGUUGAAGGGGAUGGAAUCGGAGGAGAUGAGGAGGAAUCGGAGCUGCUAGGGGCAUUUACCCCUGUGAAAAGAACGGCGCUACUUACUUUGAGACACAUGGCGCUCGAUUGGGCCAAGGCGUUGCGCCAGGCGGCCAAGAUCCGCUCAUCCGCGCAUCACCAGUGGAGCCCCGACUGCGCGGCGGCGGAAAGCAGCGGGCUUUCUGCCGGCGGCGGUCUUUCCGCCAACUCUCUCCCCGCGUGCCCCGCGCCGUGGGCGCUCUCCCCCGCCACCCCCUCGUCGUCCACGUCGGAAGGCGACAGCGCCGUGACGGUUACCAACGGAUGCAAGCCUUUCGCCGCGGCGAAGAAGCUCUCCGUCUCGCUCUCCGCGCAGCCGUCCGCGCAGCUCCCCCCGCAGCUCUCCGCGCAGGCCCCCUCCCCCGCCCGCGCAACCUCCCGCCGCGCAAGACACGCGGCGCCGGUGCCUAUUCCGCCUCUAGCCAGUCCCUCCUCUGGGAGUUGCUCCUAUGGCGGGCGGGGGGCGGUGGCGGAAGCCGCGAGUCCGCGGAGCGCUUCGUGGGUGGGCGCGGCGGUCGAGACUCCGCGGAAAGCAAGCGGAUCGCCGCCGUCCUUUACGGCGGUGUCGCCCUUGCUUCUUCCGCCGAAUGCUGCGAAUGGCGCAGCGGAUAUCCCCGCCGUUCACCUCUCCUCUUCGCGCAAAGCAGCUCUCGCUAGGCGCGCAAAGAGAGCCGCUUCCCCUGCAGCUGCUGCCGCCGCGUCGCCAUCCGCGGCGGAGGUGGAGACGGCGCUCAAUGAUUGGUUGACGAAUGUUCUUGCGCCGGCUCUUGCGGCGGGUGGGGCGGCAAGCGGCAAUGCGGCUGCGGCUCGGGCAUCAAGCAAUAAACCGUUAACUGAUUCAUCUGCCGGUUUCCAGCUUGGAUCUUGCGCAUCCGCCUCCGUUGCGCCUCCCCCGCCAUUUUCCGCGUCCCCCACCAAUAGGCUCGCGGAGCAGCUGGUGGGGCAAUGGCGGAAGGCGCAACAGAUUCCCCGCGCGCCUGUAGUUCCCCCCUCCCCGCCACCUGCGCCAGCGGUGGUGCAGGCGACGGCGGAAAGGCCCGCACCGUUCCUGGCGCGACCGUCCUUCCCCGGAACGUCCUGCUCCGCCCCCGCUCCUUCCGCGUUCGACGGGCCACAGUGCAACCCGGUCGCUCCGCUUCCGCCAGUGGCACAAGUUGGCGAUGCGCCCGCGCAUGUGCCGGCGCAUGCGCCAGUGCACGCGCCCGCGCAGCCCUUGUCUCCGCCUGAGGCGCAUUCCGCGCGCGGAGGCAACGACUCGCCGGAAGGCGCCUUCGGUCCACUCGCCUUCCUGGCCGGAGACCUGGACGAGUGCGAUCAGGUGAAACCUCAGGUGAUUCUGCAAGACGCUGCGGACGCAAAGAGGAAGCUGUCUGGAGAUGGGGGGAUUGAGGGCUGCGUGGGGCUGUUUUUCUCCGCCGCCCAUGACGUGCGGGGCGCGGAGCAGACCGGAGGGGGGAAAUGCGCGGAAGGCGGAGAGUCUCUGGAGGAGUUAGCUGCACAGGAUAUCGAUUGGCAGUCCCUGCUUGCACCCUGGGAGCCAGCUUCAGGUGGUUCUUCAGGUGCUCCGGAUUCUGAAGUUGAUGCAGCUGCAGGUGAAAACAGCAGUGGAGUUUCAGUGGCGGAAAAUAACGGGCUUAAUGAUUGCCCUAGCGCUGCCAGUCAGGUGGUUGCUACAGGAGAUGGUGACCUGGCGCCCAUGUGGCAUGCUGACGUGGCGGAUCUGUGCAUGGGAGUGCCAGCAUGGAUUUCGCAUGAGGAUAUGGACGGUCUCCACCAGUGGGACUCCCACAGCUACGAGGAGGACCAUCUGCACUUAGCUAAGCGCCAACGCUUAGUCUAA